AUGGUUAAGCGGGCAUUGCUGUGCAGAACUGAGGUCCAGAUCGCUAAAGCUAAGUGGGGUUACGGAGUAGCUACGUCGGAGCUAAGCGGACAAGGCUCUGCUGUUACCACAUCUCACCAAGGCGAUUGUUGGUGGCGGCUUGGUGCUUUAGUGGGUCGUUUGGUUCUCUCUGGCCAUGGAUGCUUCGGAAGUUAUCUGCAUCGAAUCGUUGGAAGAGAGGCGACACCCGCUUGUCAUCAUUGUGACUGUUUAGAUGAUACGGUGAGGCAUACAGUGGAGGAGUGUCCGGCUUGGGACUACUUUCGCUCGGUGCUUGCUGAUAGCAUUGAUGGCAAUCUGUCGCUUCCACUAAUUAUUCAAAGAAUGGUGGAAGCUGACAAUGACGGUCCUUGGAAUGCCUUCAUGGCUUUUUGUGAGGCCGUCAUGAGUCAGAAAGAGAAUGCGGAGCGUCAGCGUGAAAAUGAUUCAGAUGCUCCGCAAGUAAGGAAACGACGACCGGGGCAGCGACGCCGUGUUUUCGCACGUCUGCCCUAA